GUGGUAGAAAUGAGUGAAGUGCAUGGAGGUGUGGAAGGGGGCGGAACUCACUCCAAAGCAGUGCUGCUCUCCUCUGCAGGGGAGAUCCUCGCCGAGACAGAUGGACCCUGCACCAAUCACUGGUUAGUUGGUGCUGAUAAGUGUAUCGAAGGCAUUAACGAUAUGAUCCAGAAGGCAAAGAUCAGUGCGGGGCUGGAUCCCAACACACCCAUUUAUUCUCUGGGCAUGUCACUAAGUGGUGGGGAGCAGAAGCAUGCCAUUCAAAAACUGAUUGAUGAGAUGAUGGAAAGAUUUCCUAAACUAAGCAAGAGUUAUUACAUUACCACAGAUGCUAUUGGUGCCAUGGCAACAGCAAGUGACCGUGGUGGUAUAGUACUGAUCUCAGGAACUGGUUCAAACUGUAAGCUGGUGAACCCUGAUGGCAGUCAGAUAGGCUGUGGCGGAUGGGGUCACAUGAUGGGGGAUGAAGGCUCAGCGUAUUGGAUCUCUCAUCUUGCUGUAAAAGCAGUAUUUGAUGCCAAGGAUAACCUGGUCACACCUCCACAUGAUAUCACCUAUGUUAAAAAAGCCAUGGAGGACUACUUCAAGGUGUCGGAUCUGAUGGGCAUGCUCCCCCACCUGUACAGAAACUUCCAGAAAUCAUAUUUUGCUGGCUUCUGUAGAAAACUGUCUGAAGGUGCUAAUGCAGGUGAUGCCUUCUGUCGAUAUGUGUUUACCCAGGCUGGUAAAGUUCUAGCACAGCACAUUGUAGCAGUGCUUCCCAAAGUGCACCAGGAACUGUUCUUGGGUGACCUUGGCCUGCCCAUUCUGUGUGUUGGAUCUGUAUGGUUAAGCUGGGAGCUGAUGAAGGAUGGUUUCACACAGGUCCUCUCCCAGGCCAAACUGUCUGGUCACAGCAGUUUUCAGAAGUAUAGUCUUCUCACCCUACGCCAGUCAUCUGCUGUAGGUGGUGCCAAGCUGGGAGCCCAGAAUGCAGGUGCCACCAUGCCCCUGGACUACUCCACUAGUUCCAGCGUGUUCUUCAGCCACUCAUUCACUGAGCAAUGAUCAACACUAAUGAGGACCACUCAACCCUGUUUUAAUACAUAUUUGGCUCCAGUGAAGUUCAGAACAAUCAGAAAAAUACCUUGACUUAACAUUCCUAUGUAGUAUUUCAAGUGAUCUGUAUAACGUCAUUCAGUUUACAGUGGCUCUUCAGCAGCCAUAUGCUUAUUAACCCAGUGAAAGAGAGUAGGUGUAGUUACUGGGAAUGCAAGAGUUUUUUUUUUUAUUAUUAUUGUUCUUUACCUUGGAAUUAGGGUCAUUUAAUGGGGAAAAAAACCUUGAUUUAGUUCCACAUUUCCUUGCUCUUAUUUUGAAUAUAAAAAUGAAUGCAGUUCUGAGAUGUAUCUGUCCCCUUGUGCAUGAAUUGUGAAAUAUUAACUCACGUGAGAGGACAAGAGAAAGAGGCCUAAGCCCUGAUUAAAAAUCUUGAUUUAAAAAGCAUUAUUAAAAUUCAUGAUUAAAAAAGCAAAA